AUGGACAAGCAAGCCGACGGAGAGCGGAUCUUCCCUCGCCAGGGCGGUGUGGCGUUCCACUGCAAGUACGGAGCAGGUAACUUGUUAUUUCAAACCCAGGUCCCCGCGCAGCCACCAGUCCAGAGCGCCUUUCGAUCGCGACGAUCAUAUCCUUCUCUGCACCAUGUCUCUCUCGCUCCAUUGAAUCCUCGAUUUCUCGCCGACGAGGAGGGGGAGGAGGCAGAGGUUCCAGACUACUUCAACCAUCCCCACCACAGCCACCACGACAGCCCGGACCCGCCCACCGCAAGGUCUUAUUUGGCUAGCUUCUCCGUGCCCGGCACUCCGGGGGUGCUUUCGCACUCCCACUCCCGCAGCGGGUCCCGCACGCGACACCAUCCCCGGAGCAAGAGCUCCAGCCGCAUCCACCACGCCAGCGACCCCAACCUACAAGCCCGGAGUGCGAGCAGCCCCCUUCAUCAUCAUCAUAAUCAGCAGCAGCAGCAGCAUCAACCUCACCAAACCCACCACACUAACCGUAGCACCCGUACCCGUCACCCUGCAAACCACCAUCAAGACACAGAAUGGAUGCUCCGCGCAGGCAUCGCACUCGCUUCCUCGACCCGCGAAGAAAAAGGCCAGAGCUGGCUCGUGAAACGACAGAGCUCGACGAGCCUCGUCUCUGACGACCAUCAACUCACCCUGGACUUCCUCAACCACAACCACCACCACCACCACCAUUAUAGCUGGUCCCACGGAGGUAGUCCUCGACAUGGCCGGUCCGGACGUUCCACACCAGCCGCGGCCAACUCCCGAUCCAGACGGGCUUCACGGUCCCGCCCCAGCAGCCGGGUGGCCAGUAGAGCCGACCUUGCCAUGACCAGUCUAGGCAUGGCCACUACUGCAACAUCGACCGCAGCCUCCUCCCGCCGCGAAAGCAGAACGGCCGACCUUCUGACCAGCACCAGCACGCAGAAGAUCGAGGAACAACAGCAACAACAACAAACCCGCCCCCUGAUCCCCGACUUCGUCGACGAGCGCAUCCGCGCCGAGAUGGCCUCCAUCCAACGCGACGAGAACGCCGAAUUCGACGAGGAAGAGGAGGUCGACGACGACCUCUCCUCCUUCACCUCCGACUACCCGUACCUCGACUCGGGCGACGAGUCAGACGAGAUCGACGAGCAAGAACUGCAACGCCUCACGCGGGAGCGAGGCUUCGGACUCGGCAGCUGGAUCGACCGCAUGGUCGAAUGGACCCUAUUCGGCGUCGAGGACUGGCCGCUUUCCUUUGGUGGUGGUGGUGGUGGUGGUGGUGGCACCGGCAAUGACGGCACUGUAGUCGAAUCCCGAACCAUCACCAUCGCAGACCAUCCCCCUCACCCAUCAGCCGAUAGCGUUGAAAAUGACCCCUCAUCGACCCAUGUAGCAGUAGCAGCAACACCAUCAAUUGGAGCAGACGACACCGACACAAUCUCCAUCGCCGAAUCGGAAGUCCUUUCCGUCUGCGAGAAGCCCGGAGACCAAGGCGGCUGGGGAGAUGCAGGCUGGCUGUUCCGGGUUGUGAAACGUGCGCUGUCUUGA